GAACGUCGAUACCCGCAGCCACCAUUAAACUGGUGAGCCCAACCACGAACUACAUCUUCAAUUCACACGCAGAUAAACCCGGUGAGUUCGUUCCUUUUUGUGUUUAUUCUUGUACUAUAUUGUUAUCGGCAUACUUUUCGUCAUGACUGACCAUAGCCCCAAGGUUAUUCGCAUACGAUCAACCGCCAAAACAAUCCAGCUAGUACCAUAUUGGCCAGAUAAUGCUGCAACGUGGUUUCAGAUUGCUGAGUCUGAUUUUUGUGAACAUGGCAUAACUGAUCAACGUUCACAGUUCCUUGCAGUUAUUCACGCCCUACCGCGGGAAUUCAGCAAGUGCGUAACUCUGCAGAUGUCGGUAAGUAACUCGUACGAGUUGCUCAAAGCAUCCAUCCUCAAGAGAAACGUUCUCACGGAUCGACAACGUCUGGAUGAGUUAUUUCGUAACAUCGAGUUAGGAGAUCAGUCAGCCGUGAGCAUGCUGGCAAGAAUGAAAGAGAUCAUUGGCCAAAGUCAGUUCGAUGAAGGACUGUUCAGAGAACUAUUUUUAUCCAAACUGCCACAGUCAGUUCAGACUGUACUUGUGACACUUCAGGGUGUUCUCAUAGAUGAUUUAGCUGUCUCUGCAGAUAGAAUUCUAGAGAUAACGAAACGGCCAGUUACCGAAGUAUACUCAGUUACCGAACAGACUUCGAAGAAGGAUUCUGCAAUGAUAGAGUUAAUCAACUCCGUCCAGCAGAUGCUUAGGUCAAACAAGCCUAGCAAUUCCUCCUAUCGUCGUUCUAAAUCCCCUCAACGGCAAAGCGCACGUGGACGAUCUAAGUCCAACACACGCUCUCUCAAAAAUCCUGACUGGUGUUGGUAUCACAACACCUAUGGCAAGGAAGCGAAAUGUUGUCGAAAACCUUGUGAUUUCGGCAAAGCCUCCAAGUCUGUGGGAAACUAUCCCGCCGGCACGCGUUAGCGGCAACCGUCGCCGGUGGCACUAGCCGCUUACUUUACAUCCAUGAUGUAAUGAGCCAGACUAGAUAUCUAGUCGACACAGGCGCCGAAGUCAGCGUCCUUCCUGCUACAGCAGCAGAUCGACAGAAGGAUCCUAACUUCAACCUACAGGCUGCAAAUGGAAAACCAAUUGCAACCUAUGGUCGGAAAUACGUCUAUCUGAACGUAGGUUUACGCAAACCUAUUCAGUGGAUUUUCCUAAUCGCUGACGUCACAAUGCCCAUCAUUGGCACGGAC